CCUGGCUCAUACCAAGCAAUGAGUUCAUAUCCUUUCAACUUUUCCUGAUUAAAUCUGUGACCAUUUCAGUAAAGUACAGGCUAUUGGACCUAAAACAAUCUUAAAAGAGACAUUGUAACAAAGCAAAUAAAGCAUCUCACUGAGAUUAUUCUGUAUUUUGUUUUUCUCUUCUUCUCCACCUCUGCUAUACUCGGAACACUGGAGUUCUUCUAUUUUUUUUUUUUAAAUUAACUUUAGUUUCACUUUCGAAAUUGCUAUAACCUUGCAACAUGCACUUCCCUGACGAAAAUGUCUGGAUUGGACUAAUGAAUAAAAGACAAGGACAGCAGUCAUCAGAAUAAUCAAAGUUUUGUUGGCUGGGGAGGAGAUAAGACUGGCAUUAAGUGAUAAUGUGCUAAAAAAGAAGAGGACGAUUUAGGUGUCCCUGCAGAUAUAGUCGUGGAAAUUAUAAAUCCAGCAAUCAUACGGUGACUAAGAGAUGCUGAGAGGAAAGGAGAGGAUGGAACAUAAAAAAAUUAAGAUACAUCAUGCACACACAGAAUCAUGAAACAGCCUUUGCCUUAUCAAAUCUACUCCUUGUUGGGACUGUUGCUCCUUUGUAUUUUGUGUGCAUCCUCCAACAACAAAUGCACAGUGACACAGGAAGUAGCUGAUUGCAGUCAUCUGAAGCUGACUCAAGUGCCUGACGACCUCCCCACAAACAUAACAGUGUUAAAUCUGACCCACAACCAGCUGAGAAGAUUGCCGCCUGCCAAUUUCACCAGAUACAGCAAACUUACUGUCUUGGAUGGAGGAUUUAACUCAAUUUCAAAACUAGAGCCAGAAUUAUGCCAAAAUCUCCCUUUGUUGAAAAUUUUGAACCUCCAGCACAAUGAGCUAUCUCACGUCUCUGAUAAAACCUUCAUGUUUUGUGUGAAUUUGACUGAACUCCAUCUAAUGUCCAACUCAAUCCAGAAAAUUCAAAACAAUCCUUUUAGGAACCAAAAGAAUUUAGUCAAGCUAGAUCUGUCACAUAAUGGUUUAUCAUCUACAAAAUUGGGAACUCAGCUCCAACUGGAAAAUCUCCAAGAGCUUCGAUUAUCAAAUAAUAAAAUUCAUGCACUAAGAAGUGAAGAACUUGAUUUCCUUGGUAAUUCUUCUUUACAAAAAUUAGAGUUGUCAUCAAAUCAAAUUAAAGAGAUUUCUCCAGGGUGUUUUCAUGUGAUUGGAAAAUUAUUUGGCCUUCUUUUGAACAAUGCCCAACUGGGCCCCAGUCUCACAGAGAAGCUUUGUUUGGAAUUAUCAAAUACAAGCAUCCAGAAUCUAUCUCUGAGUAACACCCAGCUGUAUAGAACCAGCAACACAACUUUCUUUGGACUAAAGCAGACUAAUCUCACCAUGCUCGACCUUUCCCACAACAAUUUAAAUGUGAUUGGUAAUGAUUCCUUUGUUUGGCUUCCGCAUCUGAAAUAUCUCUUCCUGGAGUAUAAUAACAUAGCACAUUUGUCUUCUCGCUCUUUUUAUGGGCUUUCCAAUGUGAGAUACCUGAAUCUGAAACGAUCUUUUACUAAACAAAGUAUUUCCCUUGCUUCACUUCCCAAGAUUGAUGACUUAUCUUUUCAGUGGCUAAAAUGUUUGGAGUACCUCAACAUGGACGAUAACAAUAUUCCAGGCAUAAAAAGCGGCAUGUUCACUGGAUUGAUAAAUCUGAAAUACUUAGGUCUAUCUAACACUUUCACAAAUUUGCAAACUUUAACAAACGAAACAUUUUUAUCACUUGCUCAUUCUCCUCUACGUGUGCUCAACUUAACUAGAAAUAAAAUUUCAAAAUUAGAGAGUGGUGCUUUCUCUUGCUUGGGUGACCUAGAAGUACUUGACCUUGGCCUUAAUGAAAUUGAGCAAGAACUCACAGGCCAGGAAUGGAGAGGUCUAGGAAAUAUUUUUGAAAUCUAUCUUUCCUACAACAAAUACCUACAACUGACUAGCAACUCCUUUGCCUCAGUCCCGGGACUUCAACGACUGAUGCUCCGAAGGGUGGGCCUUAAAAGUAUAGAUAGCUCCCCUUCACCCUUCCACAAUCUUCGUGACUUGACCAUUCUGGAUCUAAGCAACAACAACAUAGCCAACAUCGAUGAGGAAAUGCUAGAAGGUCUUGAGAAGCUAGAAAUUCUAGAUCUACAGCAUAAUAACUUAGCACGGCUCUGGAAACAUGUAAACCCUGGUGGUCCUGUUCAUUUUCUAAAGGGUCUUUAUCACCUCCACAUCCUUAACUUAGAGUCUAAUGGCUUUGAUGAAAUCCCAGCAGAUGUAUUCAAGGAUUUGUUGGAGCUUAAGAGCAUCAAUUUAGGGUUGAAUAAUUUAAACAUACUUCCACCUUCUGUCUUUGACCAUCAGCUGUCUUUGAAGUCAUUGAACCUUCAGAAGAAUCUCAUAACAUCGGUUGAGAAGAACGUUUUUGAGCCAGUUUUUCAAAAUUUGACUUAUUUAGAUAUGCGCUUUAAUCCUUUUGAUUGUACAUGUGAAAGUAUUGCUUGGUUCGUUAAUUGGAUUAAUAAAACCCAUACUCACAUCUCUGAGCUAUCAAGUCAUUAUGUCUGCAACACUCCACAUCAAUCUCAUGGGUUUCCAGUGAUGCUUUUUGAUACAGCACCGUGCAAAGACAGUGCCCCCUUUGAACUCUUUUUCAUGAUCAGUACCAGUGUGCUUUUGAUUUUUAUCUUUAUUGUCCUGCUCAUCCACUUUGAGGGCUGGAGGAUAUCUUUCUUUUGGAAUGUUUUGGUCCAUCGAGUUCUUGGUUUCAAGGAAGUAGAUGGACAGCCAGAACAAUUUGAAUAUACAGCAUACAUAAUUCAUGCCUACAAGGAUAGAGAUUGGGUGUGGGAAAACUUCUCUCCACUGGAAGAAAAAGACCAAUCUCUCAAAUUUUGUCUGGAAGAAAGAGACUUUGAGGCAGGUGCCCUUGAACUUGAAGCAAUUGUUAAUAGUAUCAAAAGAAGCAGAAAAAUUGUUUUUAUUAUAACACAGCAUCUAUUAAAAGAUCCAUUGUGCAAAAGAUUCAAGGUGCAUCAUGCAGUUCAGCAAGCUAUUGAACAAAAUCUGGAUUCCAUCAUACUGAUUUUUCUUGAGAAUAUUCCAGACUAUAAACUUAACCACGCACUCUGUUUGCGAAGAGGAAUGUUUAGGUCUCACUGCAUAUUGAACUGGCCAGUUCAGAAGGAACGCACAAAUGCCUUUCAUCAUAAAUUGCAAGUAGCACUUGGAUCCCGCAAUACUGUGUAUUAAAUUUAUUUAGAAAUUAAAUGAAUAAAAGAGUAGCUUUCCAAUUUCAAAAGUUCAAGGUAAAUUUAAGUUUUACCUAAAAGUAAUGUAAUCUCAUUAUUCAUAGAUAUAAGUGAUGGUAUUAUAUCUCCUUAUAGAAAUUCAUUUCUGUUUCAGGCCUCUUAUUGACAAAUGAGUUAUCCAAUCAAAAUAGAUAUCUAAUCAUAUAGGUAUCUUUUACUAAUGAAUAUACAGUUGGUCACUGAGAACUAUCACAGCCUCAAAAUGUUUUAAAAGACUCGCCAUUGAAGAAAACAGAGUUAAGUCACAUUUUUAUGAUAAGCAUCUUUAGACUUUAGAAAUGUAGUUAGAGUGAAAGAUAAUUGUUUUAAUGGAUAUAGACUUUUUCAGUUGUAAAAGAAUAAAAUCUCUUUAAAAGUUUAAUAACAGAUGUGUUGUAAAAGAGUAUAAUAUCUUAAAAGGUUUAAUAACAGAGACAUUUUCAGUUUGAAAGCUUCACAUUUUAGUAUCCCCAUAUUAAGUUUGCUAAAUAUUAAAUACAUUUUAAAUUUGGUGUCAAGGGACAGAAAACUUUCAGAGUUCAUUUUAAUUGCUUAAUAAGAUAAACACUGUAGCAAACUCUUAUUUGUAUUUUCCCAGUACUUGAGUUUCUGCUACUACAGUGUAGAAACAGUUCUCUUACUUAAAAAUUCUGCAGAAAUGCUUGCUUCCUCAAGGUUACUUAGUAAAUUGUCUUUGUGGAAAUAAAGAAUUUUCUUUCCCUGCUCAUACAUUCAGGAGACAGUGUUGGUCCUACUGAGAUGUUUGAUUCCUGAUCUUGAAAAUUAAGAUGAUGAAUAAAAUCUUAGUGAUGGAGAACAUGUUAUAAUAUACUCACAUUAAUUUGUUAUCAUACCAUUAAAUUAAAAGCUGUCUGUCUCUACUUAGAAAGACUGUUAAAGUUUUAUUUUUGUUUUGUAAUAAAAUGAAAGAGCUCAGUUUGUUUUGAAAUAAACAGAAUUUAGGUGUUAGAUAUGCAUAGAUUUUUGAAACAUCAAAUAUAGGUUUUGCAUUCAGUUAUAAGAAAGAUUGAAAUUAUAAUGUUGAAUUAAUUUCUCUUCUUGAAGUGUUCAUUCAUCUGCUAGAUUUAAGUAGUAUGAGAUGUCACAUUUUGAGACUUUGAUUUAAAUACUUUACAUUCUUAGAGCUAAAUACACAUAACCCUAGAAUUCAAAGAAUUGUUCGUUCUGAAACAGUCUACAGUUAGCUAAUGGUGUGAAUGUAUGUAUUUUCACUGUUCUGUACCCUUACAUGUGAACACUUGUUCUAUAGAAUUUUAGAUAAGAUUUUUUAAAAAUGUGAUAUAAUCCUAUUUUAUUUUGACAUCAUAAAUGAAAACUAUGACUACUUCUUUUCUUGACAUACUUUUAUGUUAUCUUAUAUUGUCUUAUAUAUCUUAUAUUAACUCUUUACUAAAAUGUUGAAAGAAAUAUUUUUAUAAAUUAAUCAUCGAAUAAAAGCAAGGCAAGAAAUA